UGCUCUGCUCUCCUGUGUGUGCCUCUGCCUCUCCAGUGUCAUUUUCAAGUCUGAGAUCCAUGUGUCUACUUCACCGGCACGUUUAUCGCCAGUGAGACGGGAGAGGGAUAAAGGGAGAGCAGGACAAAAAAAACCCAGCGCGACAUAACAACCACAUGAGCAGAACAUUUAGUACCCUGGAUAUAUGAUGAGAGGGGCGGGAUUGAAUUUGGAGGAAUAGACGUGGUUUCCAAAAAAAAAAAAGAAAGAAAGAAAAAAAAUCCACCGACUAAAAUUUCAGCAGGUCUUCGGUCAUUUUGGGGGAGAAACUGUAAGAGAAAGGAGCGCACGCAAGUACAUUGUUACCGUGUGAUGCCCACACGCAGACAUGACCACUGAUCAGGAUCUGACUAUGGAUGGCCAGCCAGCCACGGCUGUGUUUGCUGCUAAGGGUAUUGAUGUAACACCUAAUAAAGACCAAGGAGUUAUCAAGGUUGUAAAGCGUCCAGGGAUAGAUGGAGAGAGGCCAAUGAUAGGGGACAGAGUGACUGUUCACUACACUGGGAAGCUACUCAGCGGGAAGAGGUUUGACUGCAGUCGAGAGCGCAGAGAAUCUUUUAGCUUCAACGUCGGCAAAGGACAAGUCCUCAAGGCCUGGGAUAUUGGUGUGUUGUCCAUGCAGAGAGGCGAAGUGUGCACGUUACUGUGUAAGCCAGAGUACGCAUAUGGGUCUGCUGGAAACCCUGACAAAAUUCCCCCCAGCUCUUCAGUACUGUUUGAGAUGGAGCUGCUCAAGUUUGAAGGAGAGAUGCUCACAGACGACGCCGGCAUCAUAAGAAGAAUAAAGCUCAAAGGUGACGGUUACACUAAUCCCAACGAUGGAGCAUGUGUUGAAGUGCACCUGGAGGGAAGGUGUGCUGGUCGACUGUUUGACUGCAGGGACGUCAGCUUUGUUGUUGGUGAGGCUGAAGAUAAAGGCGUUCCUUUUGGAGUGGACCGAGCCAUGGACAAGAUGCAGAAGGGAGAGUGCUGUGUACUUUACUUAAAAUCAAAGUAUGGCUUCGGAAGUGAAGGUAAACCAGAGUACAAAAUUGGACCAGACAAAGACAUCAUAUACGAAGUUACGCUUAAAAGCUUUCAGAGGGCUAAAGAACCCUGGGAAAUGGAUUUGAUUGAAAAACUGGAUUUGGCUCUUGGAAUAAAGCAUAAAGGGAAUCAGUAUUUUAAGGCAGGGCGGUACCUCCAGGCAGUCAUUCAGUACCAGCGCAUUGUUUCCAUGCUAGAGAUGGAGUGUGGCACUGGGAUUGAUCAGCAGAGGAGGAUACAGUCUUUCAUGUCGACAGCACAUCUCAAUUUAGCAUUGUGUUUCCUGCGGAUAAAAGAGUUCUCACAAGUAGUGGAGAACUGCAACAAGGUGAUUGAGAUCGACGAGAGCAAUGAGAAGGCUUUGUAUCGUCGUGGGGAAGCACGUCUCCUCCGUAACGAGUUCACCCUGGCCUUGGAGGACUUUCAGCAAGUGCUGCAAGUCAACCCCUCAAAUCGAGCCGCUCGUGCUCAGAUUUCCAUCUGCCAGAGGAAGAUUAAGGAACAUCACGAACAGGACAAGAAGAUCUACGCCAACAUGUUCCAGAAAUUUGCAGAACGGGACGCCAAGCUUGGGAAGACAAAGAGGAGGCGUGAUGAGAGCGGGAGGAGCAGCAUGAACGGUGAAAUGGGCAUUAAACGGCGGCGGAGGAGUCAGGACUGUCCAUCGUAGAAGUGACAUUUGAAAGGGAGAAAAAGAAAGACAUGCCUUCCCUCGCUUUCAAAGCCCAGGGAGCCGAGGCAGGAACGAAGUCGUAUAAAAGCUUCUAACCCAAACCUCUUUAUCCCAAAAUCCGACGCUACCAUUCCUGCAUUUAAAGCAGAGCAUAAACAGGGACGUUUGCAAGCUGAGCAGCGUUUCCCCCUGUCACAUGGACCGUGCGACUGCCAGGAUGUACCUCCCAGCAGAAUAAGUACUGCAGAAUCAGUGAGUUAAGAUUGGUGAACACUUUUACCCCCCACCUCCACCUUUUAUUUUAUUUCUUCAAAGACACAAAGGAAUUCCAUUUUAGUUGUCAUUAGGCUGCUGUGUAGAGUUCAGAUGUGCCUCCACAGUGUGUUUCCAAUUUCCAAACUUCACUUGCUGGUUUUCAGACCUCUGACUUGUAUUUGAUAUUAAGCCUUUUCGUGGGCAGCUGCAUGCAUGCAUCACAAGGUGUUUGGGAUACAGACUUGAAACUUUACUAUUUUUUUUAAGUGUGCAAUAUGUACUUUGGAUAAAAGUUGUAACGAGUCCCGUUAGCUCAGUGGUAUUUGAAACAUUUCUGUGCAAAAGGAAGCAAAAUGACUUAGCCUUGGUUCAUAAACAAAUAGUCAUAGUGUGGGAAAGCUUAAUGUUGGGAAGAAGUGAAAAUACAGAAAUACUAAAGUACUACAAAUACAUGACUUACAAAUUUAUUUUCCUCCAAACAUGAAUCUGUGAUGUUGCCAUAGAUUAGAGAUACAAACCUCACGUUUCCAGUCAGCAGAGAACAGAAUCUGAAACAAGCACAAACUAAAUUAUACCAAAACAUAAAUCUGCAAUUCUGGCGUUCUGGCAAAUUCACAAUUAUUUCAUUAUUGCUAGUUACAAUGGAAUUAAUAUGACAUUAUUUUGUAACAUUAGGCCACUACCUUUAAAGCCAAAUCAGCACAUCUUUGCUUAAAGCCUGUCACAGAAGUUAAAAACUGUGGUGCAGAGAGAUUGUUUCCAGAAAUAGAAUUCAUAUUUAGCCCCCUGUUUUGGGCGCAGAUGAGGCAUUGUUUUACGAUGGAUAAGACCACAGUCAUGCACUAAAAUAAUUUAUUCAUGAGUACAUGCAUGAUAGGUCACUAAUAAUUUGCUGAAAUGUUGUGGUUUUUCCUUUAAACAUGUCACACAGUACAAACAGGUUUUUGUUUUACGAGAAGCCAGUCUUGUAUUGUAGUAAAACAACGAUGAUCUUUGGGAGUGAUAACAAGUGAUAACAUCAUUUUUAUGGACUGAUAACAUUUAAUGACAGUGGCAGCUGCAGAAACCUUAACAAAAUGAAAAAAAAAAAAAAAGUUAAAACAUAAAAAAAACUAAAUGUUUCCACUCAUGAGCUUUGGUGGAUUUUAGUGAUUGAUGACUUUCUUCUUUCUGUUGCACUCAUCGUAUCUUUAUCUGUCAGCUAACUGCAUAAACAGGCAUGGCACAAUCUUCAACACAUGGAAAAUCUUUCAGCAGAUGAACCGUCAUAAAUCCUCAUAUUUAUGAUUCAGACUUCCUACAAAAGGAGGCAUUUGAUCAUAAUCAUAAUCACAGCCCAUUCCCACCUUUGUAUUUGACAGAGCAGAUGCACCAGUAUUAGGGCUGGUUAUCAGUACUCCAAAAUAACCCUGUGCAAAGUAGUGCUGAAACGUCUCCAGUCAAGCGAUACCUGCAUUUGAUCCUUUUUGUGCCGGGGGUCUGAUCCUGGAUCGUCCCAACUUCCCGCCAGAUCAGCAAACAGUCUGUUGCUGUUGUCUCAGGAGCUGCUGUCCUCCUGUUGAACUGUCAGUUUAACGUCUGCCCAGUUAGCACAAGCUAACACAGGUGCAGCUAACAGCCAAAAUCGAGCCGUUAAACGUCCCCAUCAAAUGCACAGACACUAAAAUGGCACAACUCGGCUCUUGAACCCUUCAAUAACCGUUGGGUAAUGUUAGCUAUAUGAUGCUAACAGUUAGCCCUGUCACCAGGCAGACUGUAACAACUGUCCCUGGUGCAGAGCUCACACUUGCAGGACAUACAGCCUGUGGUGUGGUGAAGUCGAGCGCUUUGUGUUUUACGAAGUUGUCAGUUUUGUGUGUGGAGAUGCCACCAAAAUGUUUGCCUCCUUAUUCACAUUAUGGGCACUGAAUGAAGUACCUCAUUGGCAUCAGUAUCGUUUUAAGGACACUGGUAUUGCUACUAGUAUUAUAAGUUUUUAAACAAUACCCAGCCCUUACUUCCAUCGACUCUGUGAGUGAACGUAAGAGAGGGACACAGUUCAGCUUUAAAACCGUCAGAACCACAGUUUUCUUUCAGUCUUUCGCAGAUCACUUGAUUUUUUUCAGCUCUGGUAACAAAUCCAGAUGAUGAUAUCACAUCUGUGCCGUUGUUUUGCGCCUCAGUCCAGCAACUGGUGUCUCUUUAUUUCACUGCAUCUAAUGCACCCAACACUGUUUUCUUUUCAUGAAAUGUCUGGAAAAAGUCUUGAUGAUAAUCUUGAGAUGUUUUAUAAACAUUGGUCGGUUCAGAAUGAAACCUUAGCUGUCUUAAAUAUUUUGUGUUAAAAAGAAAAAAAAAGAAAAAAAAAAUCAACAGUGUGUAUGUGUGUGUGUGUUAAUAUAUAUUGUUGUAUGUUAGCAAGGUUUUAAAAACAGCUUAUUAUGUUUUCAAGUACUGCUGGCUCUAAACAUUCAAACAUUUUUUGUACAGUGGAAAUGAGCAUGAAGUACUUUUUCUAGCAAUUGUAAAUUGCAUUCAAGAAUAUAUAUAUAUAAUAUUUAUCCCUCACUGUCAACUACAACAAGAUUUCCAGGCCUCUGAGUGCUACAUUCAUCAUUUUUGAUAACCUGAUGACGCGAAUUACAGGAACAAUUUGGAACGUUUUGACAUAAACAAGCAGGAUGAAAACGCAGCUGGUUAAACCGCGAAGCUGCCGAUGUGAGAUUGGAUUUCAUGAGAAACUGUUAUGUCGUACAAAAUGUUUACAUGUAUUCAAAAGAUCUUCACCCUGUAUAGCAAAAAUGUGAUCAAUGUUUUGAAACGGCAUUUAUGCAAAGAAAUAUUUUCAGACAAACAACGACAUAAGGUACCUUUGUUCAUGUCUUCUUUAUAUAUUUUUUUAUUUUUUUGCACUUUAAAAGCAUUAAAUAAAUCCAAGAGUUGCAUUAAAGAAA